AUGAAAAGCUUGCUCAUCCUAUUCACAUCCAUUAGUAUUGCUCUGUGUAGUGCUGCGGAUAAUACCCUUUUCAUAUGCAAGAAUUCUGAUGGAUUGACCAUUGCCACCGAUAGCUCCGCUGAUGCUUUAUGCAAGAAGAAGGAAGCGAAAGCCCUUUAUCGAAAUGAGAUCAAUGAAACUGGUUGGGCUUAUUUGGAAAUGAGUAUACUGGAUAAGCAAAUGGAUAUGCUUGAUCAAGGAUAUGUGAUGGGAUAUACUGAGGGACGUCUAACUCAGAAACUCAUAACCUAUCAUAUAAACAACAUGAUCAAGCCAUACUGCAAAGGAAACAAAGAGUAUUGCAAUAAGUUGUUUGCUUAUUUGGAAACGAACUUCAAUUGGACAAUGAAUCAAAUCAAGCAAAAUCCUAGCAGUACCUAUUGGAAACAAGUUCAUAUGACUAUAAGACAGAUACAGGGAAUCAUCGAUGGUUAUAGUGGAAUCAUCUCAGAGAAGCUGCCAUCCAAAGAUAUUGUCAGACAUCCUAUUUAUAUGCUUCAAUGGCUAGGUGAUUUCAUGGACUUAGAGAAGAAGUUCGAUAAGAAGGAUGGUCCUAUCAAAACAGGAAAAACACAUUGCUCUGCUAUCGUCAAGCUUUUACCUGAUUUCUCGGAUAUUUUGUUUUCACAUGUCACCUGGUUUACAUACGCAAGUAUGACUAGAAUUCAAAAGAAAUACUCUUUUGCUCUUGAUAUUCCUGGCCACACAUACAGUUUCAGUGGAUAUCCAGGAACUGUCAAUUCGAUAGAUGAUUUCUUGAUAUCGUCUGCAAAACUAGCAAUCUUAGAAACAACAAUUGAAUUACACAAUGAAAAGCUUUACAAGUUUAUGAUUCCUGAGAGUCUUCCUACAUAUCUUAGAACUCAGAUCGCCACUAGAGCAGCAAACAAUGGCUCCACUUGGGUCCAAACUUUUUCAAAAUAUAACAGUGGAACCUAUAACAACCAAUUUGUCGUCUUAGAUUACAAGCUAUUCAAGAAAGGAGAACGAACUCAAACUUUAGGACUAUUGACUGUUAUGGAACAAAUGCCAUCUCAUAUUGCUCGUGCUGACAAGAGUCACCAACUGUUCGAGACUACCUAUUGGCCAAGUUAUAACAGAGCCUAUUUCCCUGAUAUCUUCAAUAUAAGUGGCGCAACUCAUAUGGUUCAGCAGUUUGGGGAUUGGUACAGUUAUGAUCAUGCACCACGGGCUAAUAUUUUCCGAAGAGAUCAUCAUUUCGUAGUGGAUCUUGUUACUCUAAUCAAGCUUAUGAGGUCCAACAAUUACAAAACGGACGAGUUUUCCCACUGCCACGAAUGCGACCCUCCUUAUUCAGCCGAAAGUGCUAUCUCUGCUCGUGGAGAUUUGAAUGAUCCUGAUGGCUUUUACCCAAUUGCUGAUCGUGGUUUCUUAGACAUGGGUGCUACAGAUGUUAAGGUCACAAACGCCGAGCUCAUGGAGAAGUUCCAAUUUGCAGCCAUCUCCGGCCCCACAAAUUACCCAACACCAGUCUUCAAUUGGAAUACAUCUCUUUUCCGUGAUACAGUUGCACACGAAGGACAACCCACUGUGUGGAGAUUUCCAACAGUUACUCACGAAUGGCAGUUUUCAAGAGACGACGUGGAUAGUAAGCCAUCGGAAGAACCAAGAAUGGAAGGCUUUCUUGCUCAUGCAUACAGAGUUUUCAAUCCACUUAUUAAUUUUUUCUAUUGUUAUAAGACUUGUUAA